GAAGAGGAAAUUGGGUGGUUGCAACCGUCAGGGGGUUUGGCGACCUGGGUUAACCUGAAGGUUGGGGGUAAUUGUCGCUUGAAGGCUCUGAGUUGCGCAGGUGGAUAUAAUUCCUGGCUUUGCGAGAAGAAGCUAGAGCGCGCAGGAAGGUGUGUUUCUAGUUUCCUGGAACUGGCCCUAAAAGCUGAUACUCACUUGAAUGAAUGAAUGAAUUUUGAUGUCAAGGCCAAUGCCAUGGCAGAUCUGGUGUCACUCCACCAUUCUGAUAUAGACACCAUGGAGGCACCUCCAGUCACCAUGAUGCCCGUCACUGGGGGCACCAUUAACAUGAUGGAGUACUUGUUGCAGGGAAGUGUUUUAGAUCACAGUUUGGAAAGCCUUAUCCACCGCCUUCGUGGUUUGUGUGACAACAUGGAACCUGAGACUUUCCUUGACCAUGAGAUGGUGUUCCUCCUUAAGGGCCAGCAGGCCAGCCCAUUUGUUCUGAGGGCUCGGCGCUCUAUGGACAGGGCAGGGGCACCCUGGCAUCUACGCUACCUAGGACAGCCAGAAAUGGGAGAUAAGAAUCGCCAUGCCCUAGUGAGAAACUGCGUGGACAUUGCCACAUCUGAGAACCUCACCGAUUUCUUGAUGGAAAUGGGCUUCCGCAUGGACCAUGAGUUUGUCGCCAAGGGACACUUAUUUCGUAAGGGCAUCAUGAAGAUUAUGGUGUACAAGAUUUUCCGCAUCCUAGUGCCAGGGAACACAGAUAGUACUGAGGCCUUGUCACUCUCCUAUCUUGUGGAAUUAAGUGUUGUUGCACCGGCUGGGCAGGACAUGGUCUCUGAUGACAUGAGGAACUUUGCUGAGCAGCUGAAACCUCUGGUUCACUUAGAGAAAAUAGACCCCAAAAGGCUUAUGUGACUAAGAAGGUCUGUGCAUCUUUGGGGCCUGUCCUCACCUAUUAGAAAAAAGAUGUUUUAAAUGCCCCAUUUUCACUACUGCCACCCAAGUAGUCUUCCUUCAGGAAGAAGGACAGUGAGGAUUUAGUUGGUUCUUUGCACUGUUUUCCUCAGGUGGUGAUUUCACUUUCAUGACAGCCUUUCUGUAAUAAAUUAAAGGCUCAGUAUAACAUGGAAAAUCCAUCUAAUCCUUCUGAAUAGCGAGGAAAAACUGGAAUAAAUUAGCUUUUAGAAAGAAAAAUCUGUUUCACCAUGUGUGUAUAAGAUUGAUAAUGUAGAGACUAUGAACUUGUGUUGUACAGAAAUAAAGGAUAUGAAAAGAAAUGUCUA